UCGUGUGUUUACACUCGCACAACACAAUAGCGCUCACGCACACAUACAAGACCCGCCCGGACUGAGAGACUUCAUCCAGUGCAUCAUUAGACGACUUUGGCACCACCUCGACCGCAGUUUUCCCGCCGUCGUCACCGCCCGCACACGUUAUUUUACUUGUACUUGCAAGUCACUCACACGGCACAUCCAACAACAUGGUAACUACCGGUCCACGGAUAUCGGCUUUGGUCGUGAUCGCAUUGUUCGCGUGUCAUACAACAGGUCAGAGAAUCACAACCAUACAGCUGGACGGGACACAGUAUUACAUUAGCAGGAUGAACCCUUACUCGGCCGAACUCAACUACUUUUUGGCCUACGAGUACUGUCGGUCCAUCGGUUUACAAUUGGCGUCUUUCGAAACGCUGGAAAAAACUACGUCCAUAUCGGAUUUCUUGAAAAAUGCCGGUUAUCACAAGUUCGACUAUUGGACGUCCGGCAAUCGUCUGGGCACGGACAUGUUGAUUUGGAUGUCGACGGGGUUGCCUUUCAACACCACUUUUAACCAAAUGAAACAGCCUUCGGCCAACGGUGGGUUGGACGCGGACGAGCUAAGCAUGAAGCCCGUACUUCCCAUAGCGAGGAAAAAGAGAGGAGAUAGCGGUUCCAGAGACGGAUGCGUCGCCCUCAAAGCCCCGACGAUGGAUUGGGUGACCGCCGACUGCACGGACCUGAAGGACUUCAUCUGCGAACAGACCCGGUGUUAUUACUACAACUACGGGUCGAUUCCGGUGUCCUCCAGCCAGGGGUUCGGUUACAAAUCAAGACCAACAAUCAACUCGCUGUUUUCGUCAUCUCAUCGUGAGGACCAUAUAUCCACUUCCUCCAACGCGCCUACCACCUUAACGACGUCCACUACUACCACCACAGAAACCUACGAAGAACACAACGGCAUACAACAAAUUCCGGACAACAUUCUAUCCAGGUCGGCCGACCCCGAAGCGGAAGCUGUGGCGUCCACUCCCGGCCAGGCCGACGACUCUCCCGCCGCAACAACCGAACAACAGCAACAAUACUUCCAAGAGACCCAAACGGCCGUCGUCGACCAACAACAACAACAACAGCAGCAGGUGUCCACCGACGCGCCUCUGACAGCAGCAACGGCCGACGUUGUCUCAUACACGACAACGCUACCGACUCUGAUUCAAAUGCACAACCAACAACAGCAACAGCAGCAAGAGGAACCGGAACAGGUGGAAGACCGUCCGCAAAAUGCUGAACAGCAGCAGCGCGCUCCAAGUCAACCGGAAGCGGAUCAACUGCAAGCAAAGACCAACGCUUUUGCGUUCGAAUCGUUGGAGAAAGCGUUUGCCACGGCCGUGCCGCACAAAAUCCGCGCCACCAAAGACCUCGAACAACGUCCGCUCAACGACGACAGCGACCAACCACAGUUACCGUGGUCGUGGGCCAAAGACAUUAUGCUGCAGAAACCGGUGUUGAAAAAAUCGUCUCAAGAAGAGGCUUAGCUGCUCUCCGCCGAACAAAGCUGCUGUUGUAAUUAGCUCUUUUCCAAAUAAAACGCGCUACAAAUAGCAAAAUCAAAAAAAAAAAUUCGGACGAAAAUAUCUCAAAACCGAACAUUAGGCUCUCUCCACACCCGCUCUAUUGCUUUUAGCCAUGCAAUAGCUGUUGUAUGUCAUAAUGUAUUUACUAUUAUUUACAGAGUUGGCAAAAAACCGAUUAAAAAAAAAACCUGAGUUUUGUUUUCUUUGUAUACAAUACCCGGGCAAGCCUAAUAAAACCCUAAACGCCAUAUUUUUCGGUAAACAUACAUUUUUUUCUAGAUUUCAUAAAAAAAACACUCUGGUUUUUUUUAGGGGGUUUGGGUAUUUUUUUGCCAACUCCGAUUAUAUAAGACACAUUGAAACUUUAGUACAAUUAUUUUUAUUUUUUUCAAAUUGUAACAAAUUUUUUGUUCUCAACUUAGCAUUAACGUUUUUCGUAGCUCGUCUCUGUGGAUAGUAAUGGAUGGUAUUUAUACAUACAUACCUAUAUAUAUUUAUUUAUAUAAUUUAAUGUGAUUAUUUUAUUUUUAAGUCGUAAUAAGUGAUUAAACUAUGAACAAAUUGACAUAUCGAUAAAUUUUUGAAAGGAAAAAAAUUCCAAGAAGACAAUAACGAAUACAGUUUAUUCGAAGUUGGCAACAAACAUGGUUUUGUUUUUAGUAAACUUAAAUCCAAUAAAACCCACGUUUUGGGUGAACGCCUAACGUUUGUUGGGUUUUAUCGUGUUUGAGUUAUGUUUUGCCAACUUUGUGAUUUUUUUUCGUAGUUUUCUACUUUGGGUGUUUUUUUUUUUUUAGACUUUUAUCGAUUUUUUUUCAACUUUACUUUUUAUUGUAAAUAUUUCAUUUUGAAUCCUCGUAGGUAUAAAUAAAACAAAUGUAAUUUAAAUCUAUGUUGGUCGUAUACAAUAUUGAAUAAACCAA